AUGAGCGGGGAUCUCAGCUUGUCCAAAGCCCUUGGAGGACUGCGUAUAGCCAACCCGGACGACACCGACACAGCCCCAUCUCAGGAAGGCGCGGCGUCUGCUUCGCUGCCGGUCUGCGACCCUCCUCCGACCUCCUCAUCCGACAAGCAGCAGGCACCGGCCAGAUCUGGAUCGCAAUCGUCACCGAGCCUUCGUCCGUCCCGCGAUCAAUACGGCGCCUCCAUUAACCCGGGCGCCCCCCAGCAAUCAACAUCAACCGAAGAUGUUUCGAGGCUCAAUGCAUACCGCCAGCCGACAUCCAUAUACCAACCAGAUGUUGAUCGGCUAGCCGGCCAAUCAUUCUCUUCGAAUGGCCGGCCCCAAUCCGGUCAAUACCAUGGCUCUAUGAGCCGCACGCUCCCUGAAGAUGUGCGAGUCUCUUCGCAGCAUGAGGCGCAGAAGAACGAGCGAUCCCGGUCGUCAAUGUACGGCAUGCCCACGAGGAGCGACUCACGAUCUGUCCCUGGACCGGCCGGCCCUGUGCCUUCACGGGAGUCAAGCCACAGCUCUCGUCAAGGCUCCCAAGCACCCACAACUGGAACUUUACCACCGGGACGAAGCUCUAAGGGCAUGGGAGGAGGCUAUGCAUCAGCUUCAGCUGCUACCGCCCCAUCACGACGGGAACCAUAUGGCCCUGAAGACUCAAUGCCGUCUUCAAGCGAAGAAUGGAAGGAUCGUGGUGCAGCGGUGGGCAUGCGGCGUGAUGUCGACUCGCAUGGAAAGACUGUCAUCCGACAUGUCAAGAAAGGGGUACGUGACUUCAGUUUCGGCCGUGUCCUGGGCGAAGGGUCAUACAGCACUGUUUACUUGGCCACGGAUCGGCAGACCCUGAAGGAGUACGCUAUCAAGGUACUCGAGAAACGCCACAUCAUCAAAGAGAAGAAAAUCAAAUAUGUCAACAUCGAGAAGGAUACAUUGAACCGCUUGACAGAGCAUCCCGGUAUCGUCCGCCUAUACUACACAUUUCAAGAUGAAAACUCCUUGUACUAUGUGUUGGACCUCUGCAAUGGAGGCGAGCUUCUCGGUGUGCUCAAGAAAACAGGCACUUUCGACGUUGAUUGCACCAGGUUCUAUGGAGCACAGAUCUUGGAUGCCAUCAAUUACAUGCACUCAAGGGGGGUUAUCCACCGCGACCUCAAGCCUGAGAACGUACUGCUCGACGAUAAUAUGCACGUCAAAAUUACCGACUUCGGCACCGCCAAACUACUGAAGACGCCACGAGAGCUGCAAGGCCCUGCGCCUACAGGUGGGGGUCCACUAGAUGGCAGUACUAUAGACCAAGAUGGAGAAAGCCGUGCAGCAUCUUUUGUUGGCACAGCAGAGUACGUCAGUCCGGAACUUCUGACAAGCAAAAACGCGUGUAAGGCGAGCGACUUAUGGGCCUUUGGAUGUAUCGUUUACCAGCUUCUGGCCGGCCGGCCACCUUUCAAGGCUGGCACAGAAUAUUUGACAUUCCAGAAGAUUGUCAACCUUGAGUACGAAUUUCCAACAGGCUUUCCGGCAGCGGCGCGGGACCUAGUCGAAAGGUGCCUAGUUCUCGACCCAGCUCGACGACUGACCGUGGAGCACAUAAAGAACCAUGAAUUUUUUGACGGUCAACCCUUCGGCAAGUCUCUGUGGAGACAACAAGCUCCGCGCCUGCGGCCUUACAAUCCUGCACCCCAGGAGCCAACUUUAAUCCAGCUGAACGGACAUGCAAGCUCGGCUCCCAACACGUCAAAUACUGCCAGAGCAUCGCUGCCAACAGGUCCUUCGACAUCUAACAAUGCAGCGAGGCCGGUCAGGAUUAUCACCGAACUCCCUCCACCAACCCAAUUAGACAUCGAGUGGUCGCCAGUAUUGACUCGCACAAACGAGCGGAUUGUGAAGCUCGGCGACUUGAUGGUCGUCUCGAGCCCACUUCCCAGCAGUCCUCACGGGAAAGGCGGGGACCACGGAGAGGGUCAUAAGAAGUUGUCCAGGUUUUUCGGCGGCAGCACUACAAAGAAACGACAAAGGCUCGUCAUGAUCACCUCGAGCGGGCGCAUUGUUCUUGCACCCGCUGGCGGCGAAGACAAACGUGCCAAGCAGGAGAUCUCCCUUUUGGCUCCUGAAUGCUCCUGGAAAACUCAGGUGGAUGUUAAAGGGCAGACAGUAUGGUGUGUGAAUACAGACAAAUCUCACUACACGUUCGAAGACCCAAAGUCAUCCGCAGGUACCUCAUCAGAACUUGGCGGCCUGUCGGCGGACGACUGGAUUGAGGCGUUGGUGCGAGCGAGGGAGCUCGCGCUGUCUCAGAACUCGGCCCCUUCAUAUGCUGCUGACAGUGGAUUUGUUGAUAUGUCAUCAACUAUGUCGAGUCCAGCCAGCACCCUCGGCGGGCGUGGUCCCUACGGGGACGGAUACAGCGGGGGAGCGUCUGAGCGAUCGGGGCGAAAUCAUCUCAGUAAGAGUCAAGCGAGCUUGGAGGAUCCUACACCAAAGCGCAAUCGGUUCAGUAAGCGGCAGUCGAAGAGCGGACUCGGUGCGCAAUUUUGA